AUGCUUCGCAGUCAAAGCAUCUCCAACUUUUCGGACUCGAAGAAAAAGGGGUUUUUAAGCUCACUUCGGUCGCGUAAAUCAUCAAACUCCAGUCUCAACUCAGCUAGCAUAUCAGCUCCAACUUCGAAACCAAGACCAUUAUCACUGCUGGUGUCGUCCAUGACGUUGAAUCGCCACGUACAAGACGAUUUCAAGGAAAACCUCAAUCCUGAAAAAUCGUCAAAAUCAGGCCGCUCUCAGCGUCCAGUGUCGGUUUUGUUCUCCAAUACCAACAACUCGCGCACACUCAAAACGAGACUGAGCACUCCAAACCUCAAGCGAAGUUCCGUAUACCUCGGAUCAAUUGCAGCCCCAGGCAGCCGCGAAUCCAUUGCCAUUCUUCCAGACGCAGCCAGCGACAAGUUGGACGAACAGCUGCUUGAAGACACUAACUCACCAUAUACUCCCGAUGCCGUUGUUGUCACAGACACCAUUCCUGAUGUGUCAACAAUUUCUAUUGAAGACGAGGAGCUCGAUUUGAAAUCACAGAAACUUCAUAGAACCACCAACUAUUAUGGGAUCUCAGAUUUCGUGCUGCUUAUGCUUCAUGAUCAUGUAGAUAGCGAAGCACAAACCUCAUAUCUUCCUAUAAACAACCGAAAAUCAUUAGACAUUGAACGCUUGGAACAGGACAAGAUACGUCGCAGUUUACAAAUGUCACUUCUGAAAGAGUGUAAAGAAUGGAAAUCAAAUUUACAACUCGUGGAAAACGCCAUAUUCAUAAGUAUAAAAAGUGCAUCCAAUGAUGACUUUUUAGAUCAGCUCGAGGACCUAGAUUACGCGGCUACGUUCAAAUCCGAGCCUUAUAUCGAAGACUUGGUAGUUUAA